AUGCUUUGUGAAAUAAGAGGGACUUGCUUUGAUGGCGAAUACUCCAUAAAGAACAUGAUGUUGCGUCAACAUAUCUUCAAAGAAAUGGAGACAUUAAACUCUCUUGAGUGCUUAAUGCUAUGCAAAGAAGAUGUCAGAUGUCAAAGCUUCAAUUAUGGCAUUAACCAGGAUAUAUGUGAACUAAACAACCGCACGAAGGAAGCAGCACCCAAGCAUUUUGUGCAGAACUUCAAAAGAUAUUACGUGGGAUUAGUCACGAAUAGAGGCAAGUCAGAUUAAGUAACAACUUGCAAUAAAAUGAAAAGUACUGGUAGUAGCUCUAAUAACACCGUACCUCGACCUCCGAUUCUUGAGAUUCAGAUUUCACUUAAUUUUUUUUUGGAUACGCGCUUGUAGAAAUUGCUUGGGUAGGAAAGGUCACGCCUGUACGCCUCCAUUUUAUUUACGAGCGUAACAUUACAUACGGACGUAAAAAAUACGCGACAGUAGAAAUUUAUCUUUAGCCUAAAAACUUUGCUAUACUCUGCCCCUCUAAAUCACCCAGGGGUAUAAAUGGGUAUCGGCGAUACACAGCUGGGUUGUAACCCUACGAUAAACUGGCAUCGUGUCCAAGCGGGGGAGAAGAAAUAUUUUUAAUCGUUUCAUGCCUCGGAAAAUUGGAGUACCAGAUUAAGCCAAAUACAUGAGAGUUUACUAGUGUACAUUAAAAACUGCCUUUUUCUUCUUUUUUUUCCUUUUAUUAUCAUUAUUGUCUCCUACACUUCUUCACAUACAGCUCGAAGCGCUUCCUCGGAGACCCAGAGGCGGUCGGUCGGGUCGUUUGAUUCUCUUGUGUCACGGAGGAGAUAUAUUUAACAACAAACUUACUAACUUUAAGGUGAUGUUACAGCAGACGAUUCGCAACGAAGAUUUUUAGCGCAACACAAUGUUGGAAUGUUGGAACAAUGUUGUAACCAUUUGAAACAAUGUCGGGGCAAUGUUGUAAUGCUGCAUCGUCGUUGCGAAUCACCUUUAAAGGUCGAAGAAUUUUCUCCAGCGCGUACCUGACAAGUACGCCGAGCAGGCGUAAACAGCCAGGUACAAGAUUCCGCCCGCAAAAUUUAAUGUUUUAAUGACUUUAAUCGGUGCGUAUAGUUAGAUUAAGAGAAAAACGUACCAUCUCAGGGGCUCUCCUACCCGUUCUUGAAAGCUUUCGCGGCACCGUUUAUACCGACCGACUUACCGUCCCUAGGUCUCCGAGGUUGCCCUAAGCGAUACUGCUUGUCCUCUCCAGUUCCCCUAGGUUCUAUUCCUGAGUUACCCGCCAAGUCUUGUAAAGAGAUCAAGGAGAGUGAAGGAGAGCAAGCUGUUAGCGGUAAAUACUGGUUUGAUUCCAUUAGACCUUGGAAGACCAUUCUUGCUCACUGCGAUAUGAACACUCAAGGUGAUAAAAGU